AGAGGUGGGAGGCCAGGCAGGCCUGUGGUCACCACGGUCCAGGUGCACCACCUGAUUUACAGGCCAAGGGACUCCUCUUGGUCACCUCUCUGUGCCCCCAGCAGGGGGCUGGCCCUGCAGUGCACCCACCACCGAGGGUUUGCUCCAGAAUGAGGUCUUCAGGGCACCACUCCUCCCAGGACCGGGAAGGACCUGGUGCCUUUUGCCUGGAGUGGGGUGGGCAGGGUGGGUCCCCGAGACUGGGGUCUGCAGGACUGGGCUUCACUCCUCCUGUAGUCCCGGUGCUCCCGGCCCAUCCCCUAACAUUGCUUGUCUCUGGUGGGGGAAGCAUUAACUCAGCUGCACAGCUCCCAGGCCAGGCUCAUCUCCCUUCCCCAGCAGCGCUGUUAGGUGCACGGUAGACAUGAUGAAGCGACGUCCUUAAAGCAGCAUCUCCCCUUCGCAGUGGGAAAUGAGCCGGCAAGCUGUGUGAGCUGGGGUGGGCGGUGUGUGGGCAGCCCCGAGGCUGCCCCAUCCCUAGGUUUUGGGGGAGCACCCCAUUCCCCUUUGGAGGCUGAGCACGGCAUGUGUGGGCACCUUGUUCACACUCCAGAGCUUGCUUCAUCCCCAUGAGCAGCACCUGAUCUCCAGUGACGGGAGACUGAGGCCUGGCAGAGAGGACCUGCUGCCUUUGUGUGACUGGCCCCAGCAUGGGGGAGGCAUUGGCCCCAGGCCUGUGAGGCCUGGCAGCCACAGCCUGGCUGGGUGGAGGUUACUGCCUUCUGCACCGCUCUGGCUUCCUCCCUGUGCCUGUGAAGAGCUCCUGGAGUCUGCGUGCGUCCCGGGGCCUGCUUCCUAAUCUGUAAACACAGGGCGUGUGUCCCAGUGGCUGUGAGCUAGCGAGGGGGCGGAGAGCGAGCCGGCUGCACAGGUCUUGCGGCCCCAGGCCUCAUUGUUGGCCAACAGGCAGCUGGGGGCGGGCCGCGGCCGCUGAUUAAAGGCCGCCUGGAGCAGCCUAUGUGGCGACAGGUGCCCAGAAGCCCAGGAAGCCGGUCAGUGCCCGCCCCAGGUAAGCUGGUGCGGUGGGGUUGGCAAGGACAGUCGCCCCAGGAACCUGGGGGCAAGCAGGCAGAGGCCAGCUCGGGGCCAGCACCUGUGUGCCAGGGACAAGGCCAGGGAGGUCGAGCCCAGGGGGAGCUGAGCGCACUGCAUGGGCUCUUUUGGGUGGCUGCUUGCCUGCUUUCCCGAAGCUGGUUCCAGGGCUUGAGACCCAGCAUGCUAUGCCCCAGGUUCCCAGCCAAGGCAUUCCGGUGAAGGGGCUGGACCCCGCUGAGGCGUGGUCCCUGAGCUGCCUCUGCCUCUCCCAAUCCCUGCUGGGGACUGUGGCUGGAGGCAGGCAGUAGAGCGCUUGGAGGCCUGCCUUUUCUGUUCGUUUGAGGCCUGGCUAUCCCCGUGGGAACAUCACCAUGUCAGAGACACCCCGGGCUGAGACCUUUGUCUUCCUGGACCUGGAAGCUACUGGGCUCCCCAGCAUGGAUCCUGAGAUUGCUGAACUGUCCCUCUUUGCUGUCCACCGCUCCUCCCUGGAGAACCUGGAGCGCGACGAAUCUGGUGCCCCAGUACUGCCCCGGGUCCUGGACAAGCUCACGCUGUGCAUGUGCCCAGAGCGCCCCUUCACCGCCAAGGCCAGCGAGAUCACUGGCCUGAGCAGCGAGGGCCUGGCGCGGUGCCGGAAGGCUGGCUUUGAUGGUGCCGUGGUGCGGAUGCUACAGGCGUUCCUGAGCCGCCAGGCAGGGCCCAUCUGCCUUGUGGCCCACAACGGCUUUGAUUAUGAUUUCCCCCUGCUGUGUGCCGAGCUGCGGCGCCUGGGUGCCCGCCUACCUCGGGACACUGUCUGCCUGGACACACUGCCGGCCCUGCGGGGCCUCGACCGCGCCCACAGCCACGGCACCCGGGCCCGAGGCCGCCAGGGUUACAGCCUUGGCAGCCUCUUCCACCGCUACUUCCAGGCAGAGCCAAGCGCGGCCCACUCAGCGGAGGGCGAUGUGCACACUCUGCUCCUGAUCUUCCUGCACCGCGCCGCAGAGCUGCUCGCCUGGGCAGAUGAGCAGGCCCGCGGGUGGGCCCACAUCGAGCCCAUGUACUUGCCGCCCGAUGACCCCAGCCUGGAGUCCUGAGCACCAGGGCCACCUCCUGUGCCACAGGCAGCGCCAGUCUCCACCGUUCAGCCGGCCUCUACCAACCCCGGCUCCUCAUAUCUGGGCAGCCUCAGGUCCAUGCACCUGCCAGGCCUUCCCUGGCUGCCUGACCAGCCACAGAGCCCUGGAUUCCUCUCCAGUCCCCGCUUCCAGGGCCGUGCUCUCCCAGCCAGCCUGUAUGCCCAGCAGAGUUUGCUGUUUCCCAAUAAACAUUGCCAACUACUCAC